CUUCCAUCAAGUCGAGACAGUCCAGCGUUGGCAUUCAGAAAAUGCACACUGAGAUACCGGGGAACCUUUGCAAAUACCAUACUGAGAAGCAGGUGCAUCGCGCAUAAGCCUAUAGCGCGUCUUCCUCGCUCCCUUACGCUGGAGAUAUACCUGCUAAUUCUGUCUGAAUUAUGGAAGGCUAAGGUUGUCGGCUGCAAGCCCGGAGAAUCUGCUUUUGUCUCCCGCGGUUGAACCCAAGCCUUACGUGCUCCCGCGGAGCAGAAUGCCCUCUGGUUUCUGAUUGUUUCCGAUUUUCAGCCUAGCGAUGAUUCCCGAACACCAGAAUCAUGUUGUUACGACUAUUGAAACCAUUCCAUCAGAGACUGUCACAACAUCCCCGACACUGUUUCAGCGGAUGAGGAAAGUCUUUAAUAGAGAGCUCCUCCUCACCUUGGCACUGGGCCAAGUGCUGUCGCUUCUCAUCUGUGGAAUUGGCCUGACCAGCAAGUACCUGGCAACGGAUUACCAUGCCAACACCCCUGUGUUCCAGAGCUUUCUGAACUACAUCCUGCUCUUCUUGGUGUACACCACAACACUGGCGGUGAGGCAAGGAGAGGAGAACUUAUUGGCGAUCCUGAAACGGCGAUGGUGGAAGUACAUGAUCUUGGGCCUGAUUGAUAUCGAGGCCAACUACCUGGUCAUUAAAGCCUACCAGUAUACCACACUUACCAGCAUCCAGCUGCUGGACUGCUUCGUCAUCCCCGUGGCUCUGCUGUUGUCCUGGUUCUUUCUGCUGGUGAGGUAUAAGGUGGUGCACUUUGUGGGCGUGGGCGUGUGCCUGCUCGGCAUGGGCUGCAUGGUGGGAGCAGACGUGUUAGUUGGACGACAGCAGGGCCUGGGUGACCACAAGCUUCUGGGGGACCUUCUGGUGCUGGCCGGUGCCACACUUUAUGGCAUCUCCAACGUGUGUGAGGAGUUCAUUGUGAAGAACCUGAGCCGCGUCGAGUUCCUGGGCAUGAUGGGCCUCUUUGGCUCCUUCUUCAGCGGCAUUCAGCUAGCCAUCAUGGAGCACAAGGAGCUGCUGAAAGUACAGUGGGACUGGCAGAUAGGGCUGCUCUACAUUGGUUUCAGCGCUUGCAUGUUUGGCCUGUACAGCUUCAUGCCAGUGGUGAUCAAAAGGACCAGCGCCACAGCAGUGAACCUCUCGCUGCUCACAGCUGACCUCUACAGCCUCUUCUGUGGCCUCUUCCUGUUCCAGUACAAGUUUUCAGGGCUGUAUCUGCUGUCCUUCUUCAUCAUUCUGCUCGGGCUGGUGCUCUACUACUCUUCGUCUACCUACGUGGCACAGGAUCCGCUUGUUUACAAACAGUUCCGCAACGCAGGAAACCCCGUUCCAGACACGCCCAAUGUAGAGCCCUUGGAGCCCUCUGUGACCUACAGCAGCCUGGGUCAGGAGAUAGAGGAGGAGCCUCGUGUGCGGGUGGCCUGAAGGGGUGGAGUUCUGCAGAUUCAAUCAUCCACUGCCCCUCCCACAGUCUGUAGAAAGUGAAUGAUAAUAAUCACCGAAUGAUGUAUAUAACCACGUAGCGAACGAUUACACUGUGAUCACAAACUGUGAAUAGGUAGCAGUGAUCUCUAACUUUCUCGGAUCCAUCAUGUAUAGACAUGAUUCAACUUCAUCGCCUCCCCCGCUACAGUUUAAGUGUUUAGAAGGAUUUGUGCUGACUGUUUGUGCAAAUGCUCAGUUGUGAUUCUUUUGUUUUCUUAUAUGAGCACAAAAGGAUUGAUGUAUUCGAAACUUUUACAUGGAUUUUCUUGCUACGUUGAGUCAUGUUUUUUUUUUUUUUUUCUUGAGGAAAACAGCAGUUCUGAUUUAGGAUCAAGUACAUACUGAUUUGCCAAGAGCCAGUGCCUUGCCAUGUAUAGCUAUUGUUGGUUAGUUACUGAUAAACUACCCGUUUUACACCGAGUCUUGGUGAAGGAUAUCAUUUUGUGAGAAAGUGCUGCAUUACAUGCUACAAGAAGGAUACUACCCAUCUGAAGAAUAAAAUUAAAACACAUGGGUCUCUUUUAUCAAUUCUAUCUUAACUGUUAAAUCACGUCUCCUUGGUUAGCUAUAAUUUUGAGUAAACAGAACGAAUGUCUUGUGUUUUUGUUUGUUUUCCUACAUCAUGAAAAUCUAUGACUUUUGUUUGUAUUGAGUAUGAAAUAUGCGUACUAGCGAUUGAUUGCAAACUUAAAAAGCAACUUUAAUGCACUCGUCUUUUCAGAGUUUUGUUUAAUUUGUUUUAUGGCUGUUCCAUCAGCUGUAUAGUCCUUAGUAUUAUGACAUUUGGAUAAACUCUGUAUAAAGUUAUUUUGGACAGAUCCUCUAAAAAUCUUGUUUGCCCUUUUUGUCAUUUAAGUAUUGAAAUUCUUAAUGUGUCUGAGUUGUCGCUUUAAAUAAAGUAUCUUUGUCCUAAAUCUGAAAAUAA